GGUUUAAGGACUAUCAGUGCUUCAACGUGCUUCCUCAAUCAUCUUCUCCGGCUUCAGGUACACAUUUUCCCCUUCAUCAAUACUUGAGUUAUUCUCGUUUUUCUCACCCAUAUUGUGCUUUCCUUCAUUCUUUAUCUUCUGAUAUUGAACCUGCAACAUUUACCCAAGCUGCUAAGUUUCCUGAGUGGAGGGAGGCCAUGCAGACUGAACUUAAUGCCUUAGAAGACACUCACACAUGGUCUCUUGUUUCUUUGCUUGCUGAUAAACAGCCGAUUGGUUGCAAAUGGGUUUAUAAAAUCAAAAGGAAAUCUGAUGGUAGCAUCGAUCGAUACAAAGCCCGUCUUGUUGCUAAAGGUUAUACACAAGUUGAAGGUAGUAGUCCUCAACUAAUCAACCAAGUGAAAGCAUUCUUAUUUAGUCAAUUUCGCCUUAAGGACUUAGGUCCUCUCAAAUAUUUUCUGGGUAUUGAAGUUGCUUCUUCCCCUCAAGGCCUCUAUCUUUCUCAACGUAAGUACACUAUUGAGCUUCUUAAUGAUGCUGGUCUUCUUGGAUCUCGAACUGCUGAUACACCUAUGGAGCAGAAUCUGAAGCUUCUUCCUUCUGAUGGUUCUCCUCUUAUUGAUGGUUCCAUGUAUCGCCGUCUGAUUGGUCGUCUCAUAUAUCUCACCAUUACAAGGCUGGAUAUCUCCUUUACAGUAAACACAUUGAGUCAGUUUCUUCAGUCUCCUCAGAAAUGUCACUUGGAUGCAGCACAUCGAUUGCUUCGAUAUUUAAAGAAAACCCUAGGUCAAGGUAUUUUGCUUUCUUCUAAGGGCUUUCUUCAGUUGACUGCUUUUUGUGAUUCUGAUUGGGCAAGUUGUCUCACCACUCGACGCUCCACCACCGGUUACUGCAUCUUUCUUGGUAAUAGUCCUAUUUCUUGGAAGAGUAAGAAGCAAAACACAAUCUCUCUUUCUUCUGCUGAGGUUGAGUAUCGUGCCAUGGCCACCACAACUAAAGAAAUUAUCUGGUUGCAUAGCUUAUUGUCCACUUUUGGCAUUCAACUCCCUACUCCUACUCCAUUAUAUUGUGACAAUCGAGCUGCCUGUCAUAUAGCUGCUAAUCCUGUUUUCCAUGAAAGAACAAAGCAUCUUGAGAUAGAUUGUCAUGUUGUUCGUGAGAAAUACCAAGCUGGUCUUAUUCUUCCACUCUCCAUUGCUUUUGCAGAUCAACCUGCUGAUAUCUUCACAAAGGCAUUGGGCAAAGAUCGCUUCCUCUAUCUUUGUGACAAGCUGGGCAUUCGGAAUUUUCAUGCUCCAGCUUGAGGGGGAGUAUUGGAGAUAAUUAUGGGUUGCAAAUAAUUAUGGAUUGCAGAUAAUAUCUGGUAUUUAUUUGAAAUAUCUGGUAUAUCUGAAAUAUAUUUAGCAUAUCUGUACUUAUCUCGUAAGAUUUCUUAGUUAUUAUUUAGUAGGAUUCUCAGCUGAUUUAGCUUAGUUGAUUUAGCCGCCUUUUUCCUCUGCUUUCUUGUAUAUAUGAUGUACUGAUCUUUUCAAAGUAAUAUACGGAAAUUGCAUUC